AGCGGCUGCUGAGUCAGGCCGGAGGCGGCCGCCUGCUCCUGCCCCGGCCCCGGCCCCGGCCCCGGCCCCGGCCCCUGCCCCUGCUCCACGUGCCCGCGGCCCCCUCCUCCCCGCGCGGAGCCGGAGCCGGAGCCGGAGCCGGAGGUGGAGCCGUCGCAUUCUCCAGAGCAGCUCACCCGCCGCCAGCGCCUGCUCCUCGCCCAGCGCCGGGAGAGCGGAGGAGAGGAGAGGAGAGGAGAGGAGAGGGAGGGCCGCGCCGCCAUGGUGGCCGGCAUGCUGAUGCCGCUGGAGCGGCUGCGGGCCAUCUACGAGCUGCUCUUCCGCGAGGGCGUGAUGGUGGCCAAGAAGGACCGGCGCCCGCACAGCUUCCACCCGCAGCUGCCCGGCGUCUCCCACCUGCAGGUGAUGCGGGCCAUGGGCUCCCUCAAGGCGCGCGGCCUGGUGCGCGAGACCUUCGCCUGGCGCCAUGCCUACUGGUACCUGACCGACGAGGGCAUCGCCCACCUGCGCCAGUACCUGCGCCUGCCGCCCGAGAUCGUGCCCCUGUCGCUGCAGCGCGUGCGCCGCGGCCCAGUGCCGGUGCCGCCCUCACGGCGCGCCGCAGCGGCCCCCCGUGUGCAGACGGUGCCCGGCCCGCUGGCAUGCCCGCCGAAGCGCGAGGAGGGCUGGGGCGCCCGGCAGGCCUAUCGCAGGAAGGAGGAGCCGCCGGAGCCACACGUGGAACCCGUGGCUGUGGGGGGAGUGUCCCGGCCGGCCCCACAGCCCAGCCCAGGCCCAGAUGAGCGUGACCGGGUGCAGAAGAAAACCUUCACCAAAUGGGUCAACAAGCACCUCAUCAAGGCUCAGCGCCACGUCAACGACCUGUACGAGGACCUGCGGGAUGGCCACAACCUCAUCUCGCUGCUGGAGGUGCUCUCCGGGGACACGCUGCCCCGGGAGAAGGGCCGGAUGCGCUUCCACAAGCUGCAGAACGUGCAGAUCGCCCUGGACUACCUGAAGCACCGGCAGGUGAAGCUGGUGAACAUCCGCAAUGAUGACAUUGCCGACGGCAACCCCAAGCUCACGCUGGGCCUCAUCUGGACCAUCAUCCUCCACUUCCAGAUCUCAGACAUCCAGGUGAGCGGGCAGUCAGAGGACAUGACGGCCAAGGAGAAGCUGCUGCUCUGGUCGCAGCGCAUGGUGGAGGACUACCAGGGUCUGCGCUGCGACAACUUCACUACCAGCUGGCGCGACGGCCGCCUCUUCAACGCCAUCAUCCAUCGCCACAAGCCCAUGCUCAUCGACAUGAACAAGGUGUACCGCCAGACCAACCUGGAGAACCUGGACCAGGCCUUCAACGUGGCCGAGCGGGACCUGGGUGUCACCCGCCUGCUGGACCCUGAAGACGUGGACGUGCCACAGCCGGACGAGAAGUCCAUCAUCACCUACGUCUCGUCGCUGUACGACGCCAUGCCCCGCGUGCCCGACGUGCAGGAUGGCGUCAAGGCCAACGAGCUGCAGCUGCGCUGGCAGGAGUACUAUGAGGUGGUGACGCUGCUGCUGCAGUGGAUUCGCCAUCACACCGUCCUCUUCGAGGAGCGCAAGGUCCCCGCCAGCUACGAGGAGAUCGAGAUCCUAUGGCGCCAGUUCCUGAAGUUCAAGGAGACGGAGCUCCCGGCCAAGGAGGCCGACAAGAACCGCUCCAAGCUCAUCUACCAGUCGCUGGAGGCCGCGGUGCAGUCGGGGCAGCUGAAGGUGCCGCCGGGCUACCACCCACUGGACGUGGAGAAGGAGUGGGGCAAGCUGCAUGUCGCCAUCCUGGAGCGCGAGAAGCUUCUGCGCGCCGAGUUCGAGAGGCUCGAGCGGCUGCAGCGCAUCGUGAGCAAGCUGCAGAUGGAGUCGGGGCUGUGCGAGGAGCAGCUCAACCAGGCCGACACCCUGCUGCAGUCGGACAUCCGGCUGCUGAACGCAGGGAAGCCGGCGCAGAAGACGGCGGAGGUGGAGCGCGACCUGGACAAGGCGGACGGGAUGAUCCGGCUGCUCUUCAAUGACGUGCAGACGCUCAAGGACGGGCGGCACCCGCAGGGCGAGCAGAUGUACCGCAGGGUGUACCGCCUGCACGAGCGCCUGGUGGCCAUCCGCACCGAGUACAACCUGCGCCUCAAGUCGGGCGCGCCGGCCGUGUCGCAGACCACCGUGGUGCUGACGCAGCGCGGGCGCCCGGAGCUGGACGACGUCACGCUGCGCUACCUGCAGGACCUGCUGGCCUGGGUGGAGGAGAACCAGCGCCGCGUGGACGGGGCCGAGUGGGGCGUGGACCUGCCCACGGUGGAGUCGCAGCUGGGCAGCCACCGCGGCCUGCACCAGUCUGUCGACGAGUUUCGCGCCAAGAUCGAGCGGGCGCGCGCCGAUGAGGCCCAGCUCUCGCCCGGCCCACGCAGUGCCUACCACGACUGCCUGAGCAAGCUGGACCUGCAGUACGCCAAGCUGCUGACGGCGUCCAAGGCGCGGCUGCGGCACCUGGAGAGCCUGCACGGCUUCGUCAGCGCCGCCACCAAGGAGCUGCUGUGGCUGAGCGAGAAGGAGGAGGAGGAGGUGGCCUACGACUGGAGCGACCGCAACCCCAACGUGGCCGCCAAGAAGGACAGCUACUCGGGGCUGAUGCGGGAGCUGGAGCUGCGGGAGCGGAAGAUCAAGGAGAUCCAGAGCACGGGGGACCGGCUGCUGCGCGACGGCCACCCUGCCCGGCAGACCGUGGAGGCCUUCCAGGCGGGCCUGCAGACGCAGUGGAGCUGGAUGCUCCAGCUGUGCUGCUGCAUCGAGACGCACCUCAAGGAGAACACUGCCUACUUCCAGUUCUUCUCCGACGUGAAGGAGGCCGAGGAGUUCCUGAGGAAGACGCAGGACGGCAUGAGGAAGAAGUUCUCGUGCGACCGCACCGUCACCGUGACGCGCCUCGAGGACCUGCUCAAGGACUCGCUCGAUGAGAAGGAGCAGCUGGCCGAGUACAAGGGGCAGCUGGCCGGGCUGGCCAAGCGGGCCAAGGCCAUCGUGCAGCUCAAGCCCCGCAGCCCCAGCACCCCCGUGCGGGGCCAGCUGCCCGUCCAGGCCGUCUGCGACUACAAGCAGAUGGAGAUCACGGUGCACAAGGGGGACGAGUGUGCCCUGCUCAGCAAUGCGCAGCCGGAGAAGUGGAAGGUGCUGAGCCCGGGCGGCGCCGAGGCCGUGGUGCCGUCCGUCUGCUUCCUCAUCCCGCCGCCCAACAAGGAGGCGCUGGACGCCGUCAACAGGCUCGAUGUCACCCACCACCAGCUGCUGACGCUGUGGCACCACCUGCACGUGGACAUGAAGAGCCUUCUGUCCUGGCAGUACCUGGUCCGUGACAUCCAGCAGAUCCAGUCCUGGUCCCAGAUCACGUUCCGCACCAUGUCGGUGGAGGAGCAGCGCCAGGUCCUGCGCAGCCUGGAGACGCACUACCAGGACUUCCUGCGGGACAGCCGGGACGCCCCCAGCUUCCCUCCCGAAGACCGGCAGCUGGUGGAGCAGCAAUACAGCGCCUGCACCAACAAGUACCAGCUGUUCCUGCGCGGCCUUGAGAAAGGGGAGCAGGACGAGUCACUGUGCAAGAGCUACAUCUCGCAGCUGAAGGACAUCCGGCUGCAGCUGGAGGGCUGCGAGUCCCGCACCAUCCACCGCAUCCGCCUGCCCCUCGAGAAGGACCCAGCCAAGGAGUGCGCCCAGCGCAUGAGCGAGCAGCAGCAAAUCCACCUGGAGCUGGAGGGCAUCCGCAAGAACCUGGACCAGGUGAGCGAGCGGACGGAGAAGGUGCUGGCCCAGCCGGAGCAGGCCAGCUCGGCCCCCGUCCUGCGCUCGGAGCUGGAUGUCACGCUGCAGAAGAUGGACCAGGUCCACAGCCUCUCCAGCAUCUACCUGGAGAAGCUGAAGACCGUCAACCUGGUGAUCCGCAGCACGCAGGGGGCGGAGGAUCUGGUUCGCAAGUACGAGGAGCAGCUGAAGGAUGUGCAGACUGUGCCCGCCGACCUCAAGGAGCUGGAGGCCAGCAAAGCUGAGCUGAAGCGGCUGCGGGCGCAAGUGGAGGGGCACCAGCCCCUGUUCAGCACCCUGGAGUCGGAUCUGAACAAGGCCAAGGACGUCAACGAGCGCAUGCUGCGGGGCCACAGCGAGCGGGACGUGGACCUGGACCGGUACCGGGAGCGCAUCCAGCAGCUGCUGGAGCGCUGGCAGGCCAUCCUGGCCCAGAUCGACGUGCGCCAGCGCGAGCUGGACCAGCUGGGCCGGCAGCUGCGCUACUACCGCGAGAGCUACGACUGGCUCAUGCACUGGAUCCAGGACGCCAGGCAGCGGCAGGAGCAGAUCCAGUCCGUGCCCGUCACGGACAGCAAAGCCGUCCGCGAGCAGCUGCUUCAGGAGAAGAAACUCUUGGAGGAGAGCGACCAGAACCGGGAGAAGGUGGACGAGUGCCAGCGCUUCGCCAAGCAGUACAUCGACGCCAUCAAGGAUUACGAGCUGCAGCUGGUGACCUACAAGGCCCAGGUGGAGCCCGUGGCUUCUCCAGCCAAGAAGCCCAAAGUGCAGUCUGCAUCCGACAGCAUCAUCCAGGAGUAUGUGGACAUGCGGACGCGCUACAGCGAGCUGACCACGCUCACCAGCCAGUACAUCAAGUUCAUCACCGAGACGCUGCGACGGCUGGAGGAGGAGGAGAAAGCGGCCGAGAAGCUGAAGGAGGAGGAGCGGAGGCGGCUGGCGGAGGUGGAGGCACAGCUGGAGAAGCAGAAGCAGCUGGCCGAGGCCCACGCCAAGGCCAAGGCGCAGGCAGAGAAGGAGGCGCGGGAGCUGCAGCUCCGCAUGCAGGAAGAGGUGACGCGGCGGGAGGUGGUGGCCGUGGACGCCGAGCACCAGAAGCAAAACAUCCAGCAGGAGCUGACGCAGCUCAAGCAGAACUCGGACCAGCAGAUCCGGUCCAAGGUGAAGCUGAUCGAGGAGGCCGAGCACAGCCGGCAGCGGGUGGAGGAGGAGAUCCGCCUCAUCCGCCUGCAGCUGGACAGCACGGAGCGGCAGCGGGCCGGCGCCGAGACCGAGCUGCAGGCGCUGCGGGCCCAGGCCGAGGAGGCCGAGCGGCAGAAGCGGCAGGCGCAGGAGGAGGCCGAGCGCCUGCGCAAGCAGGUGAAGGACGAGACGCAGAAGAAGCGGGAGGCGGAGGAGGAGCUGCGGCGCAAGGUGCAGGCCGAGGAGGCCGCGGCCCGCGAGAAGCAGCGAGCCCUGGCCGACCUGGAGCAGCUGCGGCUGCAGGCAGAGGAGGCCGAGCGGCGCAUGCGGCAGGCGGAGCUGGAGAAGGAGCGGCAGAUCCAGGUGGCGCAGGACGUGGCGCAGAAGAGCGCGGCGGCCGAGCUGCAGAGCAAGCGCCUGAGCUUCGCCGAGAAGACGGCGCAGCUGGAGAUGUCGCUGCAGCAGGAGCACAGCGUCGUGACCCAGCUGCAGGAGGAGGCCGAGCGCCUCAAGCGGCAGCAGCUGGACGCCGAGCGCAGCCGCGAGGAGGCGGAGAAGGAGCUGGAGAAGUGGCGGCAGAAGGCCAACGAGGCGCUGCGGCUGCGGCUGCAGGCCGAGGAGGUGGCGCACAAGAAGGCGCUGGCGCAGGAGGAGGCCGAGAAGCAGAAGGAGGACGCGGAGCGCGAGGCGCGCCGGCGGGCCAAGGCGGAGGAGUCGGCCCUGCGGCAGAAGGAGCAGGCCGAGGACGAGCUGGACAAGCAGCGCAAGCUGGCCGAGGGCACGGCCCAGCAGAAGCUGCUGGCCGAGCAGGAGCUGAUCCGGCUGAAGGCCGAGAUGGAGAACGGGGAGCAGCAGCGCCUGCUCCUGGAGGAGGAGCUGUCCCGCCUCAAGGCCGAGGUGGGCCAGGCGCUGCAGCGGCGCCAGGAGCUGGAGGAGGAGCUGGCCAAGCUGCGGGCCGAGAUGGAGGUGCUGCUGCGGAGCAAGGCCAAGGCCGAGGAGGAGUCCCGCUCCUCCAGCCAGGAGUCCAAGCAGCGGCUGGAGGCCGAGGCCGGCAAGCUGCGGGAGCUGGCGGAGGAGGCGGCGCGCCUGCGGGCCCUGUCGGAGGAGGCGGCGCGGCAGCGGCAGCGGGCCGAGGAGGAGGCGGCGCGGCAGCGCGCGGAGGCCGAGCGCAUCCUCAAGGAGAAGCUGGCGGCCAUCAGCGACGCCUCGCGCCUGAAGACGGAGGCGGAGAUCGCCCUGAAGGAGAAGGAGGCGGAGAACGAGCGGCUGCGGCGCCUGGCGGAGGACGAGGCCUACCAGCGCCGGCUCCUGGAGGAGCAGGCGGCCCAGCACAAGCAGGACAUCGAGGAGAAGAUCGUGCAGCUGCGCAAGGCGUCCGAGUCCGAGCUGGUGCGGCAGAAGGGGCUGGUGGACGAGACGCUGAAGCAGCGCCGCGUGGUGGAGGAGGAGAUCCGCCUGCUCAAGGUCCGGUUCGAGCAGACCUCCGCCGGCAAGGCCGACCUGGAGCUGGAGCUGGGCCGCCUCAAGAGCAGCGCGGAGGAGGUCCAGCGCAGCAAGGAGCAGGCCGAGCAGGAGGCCGAGCGGCAGCGGCAGCUGGCGCUGGAGGAGGAGGGCCGCCGGCGCGAGGCCGAGGAGAAGGUCAAGAAGAUCCUGGCGGCCGAGCAGGAGGCGGCGCGGCAGCGCAAGGCCGCGCUGGAGGAGCUGGAGCGGCUGCGGGCCAAGGUGGAGGAGGCCAAGCGGCAGAAGGAGCUGUCGGACCGCGAGGCGGAGCGGCAGAUCCAGCUGGCGCAGGAGGCGGCGCAGCGGCGCAUCGAGGCCGAGGAGGCGGCGCACGUGGCGGCCGUGCAGCAGAAGGAGCAGGAGCUGCAGCAGACGCGGCGCCAGGAGCAGAGCGCCCUCGACCGCCUGCGCCAGGAGGCCCAGCGGGCCAAGGCGGCGGCCGAGGCGGCGGAGCGGGCGCGGGCCCGGGCCGAGCAGGACGCCGGCCUGUCCCGGCAGCAGGUGGAGGAGGCCGAGCGGCUGAAGCAGCGCGCCGAGGAGGAGGCGCAGGCCAAGGCGCAGGCGCAGGCGGACGCGGAGAAGCUGCGCAAGGAGGCGGAGCUGGAGGCGGCCAAGCAGGCCCAGGCGGAGCAGGCGGCGCUGCGGCAGAAGCAGCUGGCGGACGCGGAGAUGGAGAAGCACAAGCGGUUCGCCGAGCAGACGCUGCGGCAGAAGGCGCAGGUGGAGCAGGAGCUGGCCAAGGUCAAGCUGCAGCUGGAGGAGACGGACCACCAGAAGGGCAUCCUGGACGAGGAGCUGCAGCGGCUGAAGGAGGAGGUGACGGAGGCCACGCGGCAGCGGGCGCAGGCGGAGGAGGAGCUGCUCAAGGUGCGGGUGCAGAUGGAGGAGCUGGUCAAGCUCAAGAACCGCAUCGAGCAGGAGAACAAGCUGCUGAUCCUCAAGGACAAGGACAACACGCAGAAGGUCCUGGCCGAGGAGGCCGAGAAGAUGCGGCAGGUGGCCGAGGAGGCCGCGCGCCUGAGCGUGGAGGCGCAGGAGGCCGCGCGCCUGCGGCAGCUGGCCGAGGAGGACCUGGCGCAGCAGCGGGCGCUGGCCGAGAAGAUGCUGAAGGAGAAGAUGCAGGCCGUGCAGGAGGCCACGCGGCUCCGGGCCGAGGCCGAGAUGCUGCAGAAGCAGAAGGACCUGGCGCAGGAGCACGCCAAGAAGCUGCAGGAGGACAAGGAGCAGAUGGAGCAGCGCCUGGUGGAGGAGACCGAGGGCUUCCAGAAGACCCUGGAGGCCGAGCGCCGGCGGCAGCUGGAGAUCUCGGCCGAGGCCGAGCGCCUCAAGCUGCACGUGACGGAGAUGGGCCUGGCCAAGGACAAGGCCGAGGAGGACGCCAAGCGCUUCCGCAGGCAGGCGGAGGAGAUCAGCGAGAAGCUGCACCAGACCGAGCUGGCCACUCGCGAGAAGGUGACGCUGGUGCAGACGCUGGAGAUCCAGCGGCACCAGAGCGACCAGGAGGCCGACAAGCUGCGCAGAGCCAUCGCCGACCUGGAGCGGGAGAAGGAGAAGCUCAAGCAGGAGGCGGAGCAGCUGCAGCACCGCUCGGAAGAGAUGCAGCACGCCCAGCGCGAGCAGCUCCGGCACGAGACGCAGGUCCUGCAGCAGACCUUCCUCACGGAGAAGGACACCCUGCUGCAGAAGGAGCAUUUCAUCGAGGAGGAGAAGGCCAAGCUGGAGAAGCUCUUCAAGGACGAGGUGGACAAGGCCCAGCAGCUGAAGGCCGAGCAGGAGCGGCAGCAGCAGCAGAUGGAGCAGGAGAAGCAGGAGCUGGGCGCCAGGCUGGACGCGGCCAAGAAGAAGCAGAAGGAGGCGGAGGAGAGCGUCCGCCGCAAGCAGGAGGAGCUGCAGCAGCUGGAGGCGCAGCGGCAGCAACAGGAGAAGCUCCUGGAAGAAGAAAACAAGAAGCUGAGGGACAAACUGGAGCAGCUGCAAGAGGAGCACCGGGCGGCUCUGGCGCAGACGCGGGAGAUCAUGAUCCAGACUGACGACCUCCCUGAGGAAACCCUGAUUUCGGUGACACCGGCGGCUCCGACCAAAGCCGUGCCGAAUGGCAGAGACGUCCUAGACGGGCUGGCCCCGAACGGGGAGCCGGAGUUCGCCUUCGAAGGCAUCCGGCAGAAGGUGCCUGCAGAGAAGCUGGCAGAGGCUGGCAUCCUGAGCCAGGAGAGCUUGGACAAGCUGGUGCAGGGCAUGGUGACGGUCGAAGAGCUCGCGCAGAGGGAGGACGUCAAGAGAUACCUGCAGGGCCAGAGCAGCGUUGCCGGCCUGCUCGUUAAACCCACCAACGAGAAGGUGAGCAUCUACGAGGCCAUGAAGAAAAAGUUCCUCAGCCCAGGCACAGCGCUCAUCCUCCUGGAAGCUCAAGCUGCCUCCGGCUUCAUCAUCGACCCCGUGAGAAACAAGAGGCUGUCUGUAAACGAGGCUGUGAAAGAAGGAGUGAUCGGGCCGGAGCUGCACAAUAAAAUGUUGUCUGCCGAGAGGGCCGUGACCGGCUACCGCGACCCCUACACCGGAGACAAGAUCUCCCUCUUCCAGGCCAUGAAGAAAGACCUCAUCGUCAAGGACCACGGCAUCCGCCUGCUGGAGGCCCAGAUCGCCACCGGCGGCAUCAUCGACCCGGUGCACAGCCACCGCCUGCCCGUGGAAACUGCCUACAAGCGGGGCUACUUCGACCAGGAGAUGAACCAGGUCCUCACAGACCCCAGCGACGACACCAAGGGCUUCUUCGACCCCAACACCCAGGAGAACCUCACCUACAUGCAGCUGAUGGAGAGAUGCACGACCGACCCCGAGACCGGCCUCUGCCUCUUGCCCCUGACCGACCAAGCGGCCAAGGGGCGGGAGCUGGCUUACACCGAUAAGGAAGCCAAGGAUGUCUUCAAGAAAGCCACCGUGUCGGCGCCCUUCGGCAGGUUCCAGGGGAAGACGGUGACCAUCUGGGAGAUCAUCAACUCCGAGUACUUCACCGAGGAGCAGCGCCGCAACCUGAUCCAGCAGUACAGGACUGGCAAGAUCACCGUGGAGAAGAUCAUCAAGAUCGUCAUCACCGUGGUGGAGGAGGGCGAGAAGAAGAGCCAGAUGUGCUUCGAAGGGCUCCGGGCCCCCGUGCCGGCGGCCGAGCUGCUGGAGAGCAAGAUCAUCAACAAGGAUCUCUACAACGAGCUGCACCAGGGGAAGAAGGCUGUGAAGGACGUGGCAGACACGGAUGCCGUCAGACGGUACCUGCGGGGCACCGACGCCAUCGCUGGUGUCCUGGUGGAGUCGACGGGCCAAAAGUUCACCUUCUACGAUGCCCUGAAGAAAAACCUGCUGAAGCCGGAGGUUGCCCUGCCGCUGCUGGAAGCCCAGGCGGGCAGCGGGUACAUCAUCGACCCCGUGAAGAACCAGAAGUUCACCGUGGAUGAGGCCGUGAAGGCCGGGACCGUGGGGCCCGAGUUCCACGAGAAGCUGCUGUCGGCGGAGAAGGCGGUGACGGGCUACAAGGAUCCGUACACCGGGCAGACCGUGUCCCUGUUCCAGGCGCUGAAGAAAGGCCUCAUCCCCAGCGAUCAUGGCAUCCGCUUGCUGGAUGUCCAGCUCGCCACCGGCGGCAUUGUCGACCCUGUGAACAGCCACCGCCUCCCGCUCGAUGUGGCUUCGAAGCGGGGCCACUUCAGCGAGGAGAUGAGCAAGACCCUGGCCACCCCCAGCAGUGACACCAAAGCCUUCUAUGACCCCAGCACCCAAGAAAGCCUCACCUACGCCCAGCUGCAGAAGAAGUGCCGGCAGGACAAGCAGACCGGCCUCUACUUGCUGCCCCUCUCUGACCAAGCCAUCCAGGCCCAGCAGGAGGAGGUCUAUACGGACAGCCAGACCAAGGAGUCCUUUGACAAGGCAACCCUUGAGGUCCCAACGGGUGCCCUGAAGGGCAGGACUGUGACCAUCUGGGAGCUGAUCCACUCCGAGUACUUCACUGAGGAGCAACGGAGAGAGCUGCUCCGGCAGUACAAGACGGGCAAGGUCACUAUUGAGAAGAUCAUCAAGAUCAUGAUCACCAUCAUCGAGGAGACUGAGACCAAGAAGCAGGAGAAGCUGACCUUCAGUGGCCUCCGGGCACCCGUGCCUGCCAGCGAGCUGGUGGAGUCCCGGGUCCUCAGCAAAACCCAGUACGAGCAGCUCAAGGAAGGCAAGAAGUCAGUGAAAGACCUCUCGGACACGGAGGCGUUGAGGAGAUACCUGCAGGGCAGCGACUGCAUCGCCGGCAUCUACGUGGAAGAGACCAAGGAGAAGCUGAACAUCUACGAGGCCAUGAAGAGGAACCUGCUGCGGCCAGGCACGGCCAUCACCCUCCUGGAGGCACAGGCAGCCACCGGCUUCAUGAUCGACCCCGUAAGGAACCAGAAGCUGUAUGUCAACGAGGCGGUGAAGGCAGGCAUCGUGGGUCCUGAGCUGCACGAGAAGCUGCUCUCCUCUGAGAAGGCGGUCACGGGGUACAAGGACCCCUACUCUGGGAACACCAUCUCUCUCUUCGAAGCCAUGAAGAAAGGCCUCAUCCUGAAGGACCACGGCAUCCGCCUGCUGGAGGCCCAGAUCGCCACCGGCGGCAUCAUCGACCCGGUGCACAGCCACCGCCUGCCCGUGGAGGUGGCCUACAAGCGGGGCUACUUCGACCAGGAGAUGAACCAGAUCCUCUCAGACCCCAGCGACGACACCAAGGGCUUCUUCGACCCCAACACCCAGGAGAACCUCACCUACGCGCAGCUGAAGGAGCGGUGCAUUGAGGACCCCGAGACCGGCCUCAUCCUCUUCCCCCUGAAGAAGGCAGAGAUGCCCACCGUGGUGGAGAAGACCCAGAUCUACACCGAGGCAGAGACCCGGAAGGUGUUUGAGGACACGCAGGUUGACAUCCCUGUGGGCGACCUGGCAGGCUCGUCCAUGUCCCUGUGGGAGAUCAUGAACUCGGACCUCAUCCCCGAGGUGCAGCGCAAGCAGCUGCUCGAGGACUUCCGCUCCGGCAAGGUGACCAAGGAGCGCAUGAUCAUCAUCAUCAUCGAGAUCAUCGAGAAGACUGAGAUCAUCCGGCAGCAGGACUGGACCUCCUACGAUUACGUCCGGCGCCGCAUCACUGCUGAUGAGCUCUACGAGGCCAGGAUCAUCUCCCUGGAGGUGUACAAUCUGCUGAAGCAGGGCUCCAAAACCAUCCGGGAGAUCCUGGAGAUUGAGACCACCUGGAAAUACCUCUACGGGACGGGCUGCGUGGCUGGCAUCUACAUCCCUGCCACCAAGCAGAAGCUCACCGCCUACCAGGCCCUGAAGAAAGGGCUGAUCAGCACCGAGGUGGCCCGGUCCCUGCUGGAGGCCCAGGCUGCCACCGGCUUCGUGAUCGACCCCAUCAAGAAUGAAAUGCUGACCGUGGACGAAGCGGUUAGGAAAGGCGUGGUGGGGCCAGAAAUGCACGACCGGCUUCUGUCUGCAGAGAGGGCAGUGACCGGCUACCGAGACCCUUACAGCGAGCAGAAGAUCUCCCUCUUCCAAGCCAUGAAGAAGGACCUGAUCCCCGAGGAGGAAGCUCUCAAGCUGCUGGACGCCCAGCUGGCCACGGGCGGCAUCAUAGACCCGCGCUAUGGCUUCCACCUGCCCUUGGAGGUCGCCUACCAGCGCGGCUACCUGAACAAGGACACGCACGACAUGCUGUCCGAGCCCAGCGAGGUCUGCAGCUACGUGGACCCCUCCACGGACGAGAAGCUCAGCUACACACAGCUCCUGAAGCGCUGCAGGAAGGACGAGAACAACAACCUGCUGCUGCUGCCCCUCUGCGACACCCGCAAACUGACCUUCCGGGGCCUGAGGAAGCAGAUCUCGGUGGAGGAGCUGGUGCGGUCCCAGGUGAUGGACGAAGUCACGGCUCAGCGCCUCCAGCAAGGCCUGACUUCCAUCGAAGAGGUCUCCAAACACAUCAAGAAGUUCUUGGAGGGCACCAGCUGCAUCGCCGGGGUCUUUGUGGACUCCACCAAGGAGAGGCUGUCUGUGUACCAGGCCAUGAAGAAGGGCAUCAUCAGGCCGGGCACGGCUUUUGAGCUGCUGGAGGCACAGGCCGCCACGGGCUAUGUGAUCGACCCCAUCAAGGGCCUCAAGCUGACCGUGGAAGAGGCUGUGCGCAUGGGCAUUGUGGGCCCAGAGUUCAAGGACAAGCUGCUGUCUGCCGAGAGGGCAGUGACCGGCUACAAAGACCCCUACUCCGGCAAGCUCAUCUCCCUUUUCCAAGCCAUGAAGAAGGGCUUGAUCCUGAAGGAUCACGGGAUCCGCUUGCUCGAGGCCCAGAUUGCAACAGGAGGCAUCAUUGACCCGGAGGAAAGCCAUCGACUGCCCGUAGAGAUGGCCUACAAGAGGGGCCUGUUCGACGAGGAAAUGAAUGAGAUCCUGCUGGACCCCAGCGACGACACCAAGGGCUUCUUUGACCCCAACACAGAGGAGAACCUGACCUACCUGCAGCUCAUGGAGCGGUGCAUCACCGACCCCGAGACAAGCCUGUGUCUGCUGCCUCUGAAGGAGAAGAAGCGGGAGAGAAAGACCUCCUCCAAGUCCUCCGUCCGCAAGCGCCGGGUGGUGAUUGUGGACCCAGAGACUGGGAAGGAGAUGUCCGUUUACGAAGCCUAUCGCAAGGGCCUCAUCGACCACCAGACCUACCUGGAGCUGUCGGAGCAGGAGUGCGAGUGGGAGGAGAUCACCAUCUCCUCCUCCGACGGGGUGGUCAAGUCCAUGAUCAUCGACCGGCGGUCGGGGCGGCAGUAUGACAUCGACGACGCUAUCGGAAAGGGCCUGAUCGACCAGUCCGCCCUCGACCAGUACCGCGCCGGCACCCUCUCCAUCACAGAGUUUGCAGACAUGCUCUCCGGCAACAUGAGCGGCUUCCGGUCAAGAUCUUCCUCCGUGGGCUCCUCGUCUUCCUACCCCAUUAGCCCCGCCACGGUAAGAACCCAGCUGUCAUCAUGGAGCGACCCGACGGAGGAGACGGGUCCAGUCGCUGGCAUCCUGGACACGGACACCCUGGAGAAAGUGUCCAUCACAGAAGCCAUGCACCGCAACCUUGUGGACAACAUCACCGGCCAGCGGCUGCUGGAAGCCCAAGCCUGCACCGGCGGCAUCGUCGACCCCAACACUGGGCAGAAGUUCUCCGUGACUGAUGCCGUCAACAAGGGGCUGGUGGACAAGAUCAUGGUGGACAGGAUCAACCUUGCCCAGAAAGCCUUCUACGGCUUCGAGGAUCCAAGAACCAAGACCAAGAUGUCGGCGGCGCAGGCCUUGAAGAAGGGCUGGCUGUACUACGAGGCUGGGCAGCGCUUCCUGGAAGUGCAGUACCUGACGGGCGGGCUGAUCGAGCCCGACGUCUCGGGCCGGGUCUUGCUGGACGAUGCCUUGCAGAAGGGCACCAUCGAUGCGCGCACGGCCCAGAAGCUGCGGGACGUCAACACCUACUCCAAGUAUCUCACCUGCCCCAAGACCAAGCUCAAGAUCUCCUACAAGGACGCCAUGGACAGGAGCAUGGUGGAGGAGGGGACGGGCCUGCGCCUGCUGGAAGCUUCCUCCCAGUCCAGCAAAGGCUACUACAGCCCCUACAAUGUCAGCGGCUCCGGCUCCACCUCCGGCUCUAGGUCAGGCUCUCGAACAGGAUCCAGGCCAGGCUCCAGGCGAGGGAGCUUUGAUGCCACCGGCACCGGCUCCGGCUUCUCCAUGACCUUCUCGUCGUCCUCCUACUCUUCCUCCAGCUACGGGCGCAGAUACACGUCGGGUCCCGAGAGCGCCGUGGAUGCAGCUGACGUGGCUCUUGCCUUGUCCGGCCUAAGCGGGAGCUGUGGAUGGGAAGCAGGCAGGAAGCUUUCUGGACUGCAGGGGCCAGCGCUCAGCGUGGCAUAAGGCCCCCUCCCUCCGGCUCCCCAGACCCCGGCUGAGGAGCUUCCCAGCUGUCCUGCUCUGCAUGUGAUAAAGCUACCGGCUAAUCCUCCUACUCUUAUUUUUUUAAUUUUUAAACUCCAUUUCUCUUCCAAAGCAGUGCCUAAAGUUUAACCAAAAAGACUCGACUAAUAUAUAUUAAUAUAUAUGAUUGUUCUGACAGUAUUUGUAUAUUGCGAGACGAGAGAGAGAACACACUACCCUCCCAGCCCAGCCAGCCCGGAGCUCGCUUCUGUCUGGAGCGUCCGCAGAGAAGACGCCAGCUCCCGCCCGGCAGGGCCCACGCCAGCUGGCCGCGGCAGGCCAGACCCAGCGCCGCGCCGCAGUUUCAAUCCUAACCACCCAGUGACUUUUGUAUUAACUCUGCCGGCUUCACCCCCUGCCGCCCCGGAGGAGGAGACGACGCUGUCCCACGCUCUUAGACCUGCGCCCUCCUGCGCUCCGUGAGCCAGGGAGAGGCCGACCGUGCCCUUGGACUCAGCCGCCCCACGGCCUCCACCAGCCCCGGACAUUCAGACACCCGUGCGCCCGCUCUGGAUCCCUUUCUGGCCCGUGGCAAGGCAAGGGAGGGGGCCGCUCUCUGUCCAGACCUGCCCCCCUCCCACGACCUCGGCUUUGCCCCCAGCCACGGCGGACUCGGCGCUCAGACUACGUCUUGUUCCAGUCCCAGAGAAGUCCCCGUGCCACUGGGAGAGUUGCUUAGCUGGGUCUCUGACGUUAGCAAGACGUGGAUCAGUUCAA